AUGCCUGCCUACAUUAUUACUUGCAAGGAAGACGCGACCGACGAGCAGGUCCAGUCUGCCAAGCAGCACGCCAAGGACCAGGGCGGCGAGAUCACACACGAGUACACUCUCAUCAAGGGCUUUGCUGUCAAGUUCCCCGAAGACAGUGUCUCGACCCUCGAGAGCCACCCUCAUAUUCACACUGUCGAGAACGACGGCGAGAUGAAGACUCAGUAG